CACCUCUAGAGGAGUUAACAAGCAAGAACACAAUCAUAUCUGGUUCAUCACACAUUUGGGAGGCUUCACCAAAAGCAAGAAAAGGACAAAGAAAUAAUGGAGGCUUCACCGAAAGCAAGAAAAGAAAAAGAAAUAAAACCUUUACCAAGAAAGAAAUGAGCUUACUUUGGGAGACUGGAAUUGUGAGCCAAGUGUCUUCUUUGUUUUCUUUGGAACUUUGGAACCCUAAGAUCACCAUAUUCCCUCUUCGACUGUCUUUUUCAUUUUUUUUUUAUAAAAUGUGCCACGCCGACUGCAAAAAGUAUUUCUCUUUAUACAAUACACCAGAGAAGUGAAGCGGGGAGUUUAGGCGGACCACAAGCUUUGUCAAUGGAAUCACAAAUCCAACUUCAUAUUCUUCGCGGCUCCAUCUCAAAUGCACAGGAAAAUCGGAUGGACCGAUGGGGUACCCUGGUACUUGCAUACAAGACUCUAGGUGUAGUAUUUGGAGGACUUGUAACUUCCCCAUUGUAUGUGUACCCUUCAAUGCCUUUGAAGUCUCCAACAGAGGAAGACUACUUGGGUAUCUACAGCAUAAUGUUCUGGACUCUUACUCUCAUUGGUGUUGUCAAGUAUGGUAGCAUAGCUCUCAAAGCCGAUGAUCAGGGUGAAGGUGGAACAUUUGCCUUGUAUUCAUUACUCUGCAGGCAUAUGAAUAUUGGAAUCCUUUCUUCAAAUCGUGUAAGUUCAAACUCAAGCCUUGCACACUCUAUGCAUGAGAGCACUGGAAAGAUAAGUCAGCUCGGAAAGUUUUUUGAAAGCAGUAUGGUUGCUAGAAGGGUAUUGCUUUUUGUUGCUAUAUUAGGUAUGUGUAUGCUUAUUGGUGAUGGAAUACUUACCCCUGCAAUCUCAGUGUUAUCGGCAAUGGAUGGACUAAGAGCACCUUUUCCUUCUAUUAAUAAAUCUCUGGUGGAGGCACUUUCUGCAGCUGUAUUAGUUGUUCUGUUCCUGUUGCAAAAAUUUGGUACCUCUCGAGUGAGCUUCUUAUUUUCCCCUAUCAUGGGUGCAUGGACCUUGACUACUCCACUCGUUGGAAUUUAUAGCAUUAUACAUUAUUAUCCAAGUAUAUUCAAGGCUUUAUCACCACAUUACAUCGUUCAUUUCUUUUGGAGAAAUGGAAAGGAAGGCUGGCUCUUGCUUGGUGGCACUGUCCUCUGCAUCACAGGUUCCGAAGCAUUGUUUGCAGAUCUUGGUCAUUUCAACCGGACUUCUAUUCAGAUAGCUUUCUUGUUUACAAUCUAUCCAUCGUUGGUUCUGACAUAUGCGGGGCAGACAGCCUACCUGAUUAGGAACCUAAAUGAUCAUGAUGAUGGGUUCUACAAGUUCAUACCGACUAAAAUCUACUGGCCCAUCUUUAUCAUAGCCACAUCGGCUGCAAUUGUUGCAAGUCAGUCACUUAUAUCAGCCACAUUUUCUAUCAUCAAGCAAUCUGUAGUACUGGGUUAUUUCCCUCGAGUGAAGGUGGUACACACAUCAGAUAAUAAAGAAGGCGAGGUUUACUCCCCAGAAGUGAACUACAUCCUCAUGGUUCUUUGUGUUGCUGUCAUACUCAUCUUUGGAGAUGGAAAAGAGAUUGGAAAUGCUUUUGCUGUGAUAUUGCCUGCAGGUGUCGUUGUCAGCCUAGUCAUGCUCAUCACCACUGUGCUGCUGACACUAGUGAUGAUCAUAAUAUGGAGAACUCCGCCUGUGCUUGUUGCUCUCUACUUCUUCGUGUUUUUCACGAUGGAAGGCAUCUAUGUGAGUGCAGUAUGCACUAAAAUCCUGGAAGGUGGAUGGAUUCCUUUUGCCAUAUCAUUUAUCCUCGCUUUAAUUAUGUUUGGCUGGUUUUACGGGAGACAGACAAAAAUAGAAUACGAGUUAACUCACAAGAUGACUUUGGACAGACUUGGAACACUUUUAUCUAAUCCUGGUGUACAAAGGGUUCUCGGAUUGUGCUUCUUUUACACCAACAUUCAAGAUGGGCUUACUCCAGUGCUUGGACAUUACAUAAAAAAUGUGAAAUCCCUUCAUAACAUCACUAUAUUCACAACUCUUCGGUACUUGUUGGCUUCUAAGGUGGAUCCACAUGAGAGGAUUGUCGUCAGAAAAAUGGGGCUAAAAGGCGUUUAUGGGUGUGUCAUUCAGUAUGGCUAUGCAGAUUCCUUGAAUCUUGAAGGAGAUGAUUUUGUAGGUCAAGUUAUAGAGAGCUUAAAGGUGCAUAUACAGGACUUCUCAGAUGGUGUACAAUGUGGUGCUACAGUGGCCGAGAUCCAAGCAGAGAUUUCUGAUUUGGAAGAAGCAAAGCAUGCUGGUGUGGUUCACAUAAGAGGAAAGACGAGGUUUUAUAUUGGCAAGAGCUGUGGCUGGUUUGACAGAAUCAUGCUGGCAUUUUAUGAAGUAAUGCACAAUAAUUGUCGGUCUGCCCUGCCAGCCCUUGGGGUACCUCCACCACAACGUAUUGAGGUUGGAAUGUUUUAUGAGCCUUGAAAGGACGAUUUUGUUCUUGGUGGGUUCCCGCUCAUCUUCUCUUCCUAGUAGUAUAAAGGGAUAAAUUAAUAAAAGGGAGAAGAAUUACUGAAAUGAUGUUAGGCUGAUGUUUUAUCCAACAACUACAUAAACAUGACGAGGAUAAAACAAUGCUGCAAACCUGUAUAUUGGCCAGCAGAUAGUUAAUCAUAUUUAGUUAAAAAUGUUGUUUUUUCUUUUCAAAAUUUUGUUCAACUUAGUUAAUUAGAAUAUGUAAUUUUAUGGAUCAUCAUUUUUAUUA